UAUAGAGUGGAGUUGUUUACGAUGUCGUCCAUUCUUAGUUAAAGGGCCUUCUCGUGAAGUCGCCGAAUUCUUUGACAUGUGAAAGAGGCUGCGGAGGCGCUUCUUCGAGGUGCACCGACGACGGCUGUUCAUGCAGCCUGUUGCCACCUAAAGCACGUUAAUUGCCAUGACGUAACAGCCGAGAAAUCCCAAAAUCACGUCAGUUUUCCCGUGACGCACGGAUAAUGAUGCACAUUGUGUGAAAUAAAUGUGUUGCUGAAAUAAAUCCGUGUUAACCAGUUUUGUUUAUGAGUUUUUGUUUACCACCCGACGUUCAAGACUCUUGUCAAUGUAUAAAGAUAUUUAACAAAAAACAUAUUUGUUUGCCUUAUCUUAAUUAUUAUACAUGUUAAUUUUUUAUAUUUUAUGUUCGAAAUUAUGAAAUUUUAAUAAAUGAUGGUUGUGUUGGAGAAGAUACGGAAAAUGCGGCAAAAUCUAGUCUACAAAAAAUAUCAUUUACGUAAAGUGCGAACUAUAAUAAUAUCUUCCAGUGAGAGUUAAUCUGUUUUAUUUAGUAAAUUAUAUUUGCAAAAAUUUGGUUGGAUUUUUUAGUUGUUUUUACUGUGCUCCAGUGCCAUUUCAGAGUAAUCAGCAACAGCAGAUAUUAAUGCAAUGUGUCUCCUAACAUUGUAAUUAAUUAUAAGUCGAGAAACAUGGCUGUAUUAAAGAUGCUGAAGCGUAUCUUGUGCAAGAAUAUUGCGUCGUGUGGGUCGAGAUUCGUGGCCAUUCUGGGACCCCUAACAAUUCCGCCAUUGCAGAUCGUAACUUUAUAUUACUUCUGGCAGGAUUAUGCCAGAGUCGUGGACAAGCGAUAUUGCUCCUGUUCCUGUUGGGACACUGUAUUCAAAGGAUCGUACGAAUCUGGCAUCGCUCCCUACAAGCACAUGUACUUCAAUGCCACCUCGAAUAUGCUGAAGAUAUGGAUGCUGGUAGUUGUUGGGGUAAUCGUCUUUUACGAAACGAUGAAGCACCUGGUGAGAUUGGCGAUCAAGCAGCGACUAAGGAAUUCCAUGAUGCUGCUAUUCUCUACCGCCCUGUUCUCCAACUAUUAUUCCUGGUGGGUCUACAUCAAUUACUGGAAUGACGAUUUUUACUCCCAGUGGUAUCAUCAGUUGUUCUUCUCCGUCACCGAGCUGAUAUCCACCGGCUGGGUCGUUCAUUUAGCAGACAGAAAGAACCCCAUAACUCAUAGGAAGGCGUUUGGCAUAGCCGCGAUAGCCCUCUUACAUAUCAUGGCUGGUGGAUGGGAUCAGUUCUUCGUAAACGUUGUCAAGGGCGAGGGCCACGCACAUCAGGUUAUACGCGAUCUGGGCUUCAUGAUACCGGACAUCCUCCACGUCGCCGUUCCGUUAUGGUUGAUUAAAUUGGAGAGCGCUUAUAACAUCCACCUUCCGCACUCUUUAGCGUACAUGUCGAGCAUCGUAAUGAUCGGACUAUGCAUUUGGUCGUUUCUAUUAUAAUCUGAUGAUUGUUGCGUUGAUAGGCCUACACGAUUGGAUGAUGACAUUAACCCUUUGACUGCAGGGUAUCGGAAAACGAAAUGCUUUCUGUAUGCGGCUGAGCUGAGUCGUUAUACUGUACGGAGUGUUUUUGUGAAAUAUCUAGAUCUCGUUUAUGAAUAUGAGACCAGCCAAAAUACUUUUUUGAUAGUUUUACCAACGAAAAUUGCUAGAUUUAUCUUUAAGUCACUGUUAAGAAGAAAGUUAGGAAGAAGUAAGCGCCUAAAGAUGCUGUCAAUAUUUAAUGAACGAUUAUCAUUGAGUCUAUGGGUGUUGGUAGCAGUCAAAGAGUUAAUUUAAGCUCAUUCUUCCUAAAACUGAGAGGAUGGCCUUCGUUAAUCCAUUACGUUCUUCCGAAAGCGGAACUCCGCGAUGCAAACCUCGGUCUAAUAUAAACGCCAAAAUAGUCUCGUUCCUGUGACAGAUUCGUUGUUAAUGCAGGAUGAUAAGAGUUUUACAAAUGGGCAAGGAUGUCCAACAAAAUAGUAUUAUCGUUAACAAAUGUGUUCUGCAAGAGCAGUUUGACUGAACUUAAGUUACAUUCCAUCCUUUUCCAGUUACUAUUUUUAUCUCACUUUAUUCUGUGCCUCAUUGUUAUGUCACAUAAACUUCUGAAACAUUAUUAUUUAUAAAAUAUUAUUUAUAAAAUAUUUAUAAUAAGCUUUAAGUUUUGACUGAAUUUUUACGCGAAAUGAACUGCAAUAACUGUAGUCGGACACUUAGUUGAUAUAAAAAUUGGUUUAUAUAAAAAUUACUGUAGUUUAGAAUUGUUAUAGAUUACUGAAGAAAUCACAAAGGAUAGCGUUUAGAAUUAAUUCAAAGAAAUUAUAAUAUCAUGUAUUCAUUGCAAACAUAUCAUAUACAGAUAGAUUACGAACAAGAUGUUAUCAUGACAAGAUUAUGCAACGUGCAAAACAGCGCUAACCAAAAAAUAGAGUAUCCUACUCUUCAUACGAGUUAUAAUGCUUAAAGUGCCUACACAGAACAAGAUUACAUUAUUUUAUAUUAUUAUUACUAAUUAAGAUAAUAUAUGCGAAGCAAACCGGUUUUUCGCGUGUUUAAACACAACGGCAAAUACGGAUGGUUACUUCCAAAAUAUUAAUUUAUUAAAACACUAAAAUUUGCAUUAACAAUAUGUAAUAACAACAUUAAUUUUCGACUUUCAGUUGUUUAACAUGAACUUGUCUUAUAAUAUUCUUAGAGUUAUUGCUAACGCGUUGAUCCAUCUAAUUACAUAUCAUUCUAGAGCCUGAUAAUUAGAAACUCGUUUUCUUCGAUUGUGAGAUAGCCUUUUUUUAACAGUUCACAUACCAUAUUUACAUAGACAGAAAAACGUAAUCAGAAAUAGAUAAUAUAUAAACAGUAGCAAAUUAUGCCUAUCAAAAUAUCAAAAUUAAUUUUAUUAUUGUUAUAUAUACCUACAUGUAUUUAGCGUAGAGUGUAAAAGCCAUCUCCGAAGAAAAGUACUUGAGUAGAAUUAUGUCACUUCAUAUCUCUAAUUCUAAAAAUAUAUAUAGUUGUAGUAUAUAUAUGUGCAAGUAUGAAACAAUGGAGAUGUGAAUCUCUGUUUAAGAAGCAAAUUAUUGUUACCGUACGUAGAGUAAACACAAUUGCGUUGAAUGGUCUAACAAUUGUGUAAAUUUGCAAAUGUCAAAUUCCGAUAAUAUUUUGUUAUUAAAGAAAAUAAAUACCAUUAUUUAUGUAAAUAUACUCCACAAAAGAAAUCAUCCGGAAAAGAAAUCAGUUUGAUUCAAGAUACAAUAAAGCGGCCUAAUUUCCAA